AUGAUACUGUUAAUGUACUUGACGAUUCAGAGUAAUGCAACAGAAACGUCUACAUACACGACAAAGUAUGAUGGGAUCGAUCUGGAUGAAAUAUUGAGCAACGACCGUCUGCUGACCGGGUAUGUCAACUGUCUGAUGGAUCUUGGUCCUUGCACGGCUGAUGGAAAGGAAUUAAAAAAGAACCUUCCGGAUGCUAUAGAGAAUGAUUGCAGGAAAUGCACUGAGCGACAGCGCGAAGGUGCCGACCGUGUCUGUCAUUACCUCAUCGACAAUAAACCCGAAGACUGGACCAAACUCGAGGAGAAAUACAAAUCAGAUGGAAGUUAUAGAGCCAAAUACUUAGCCAGUAAGCAGACUAAAGAUGAAAAAGAAUCAAAUGCCACAAAAUCAAGUGAAGAUACAAAUAAUGUUUCUAAGGAAUAG